CGCUUCCCUCUUCCCAUCAUGUCAUCCGAUUUUCUCGCGUCCCUCCAGGAAAAGGCACAGAACGCGCUCAAGUCUGCCGGCUUUGGAGGGCAGUCCGAUGGACCCUCUGAUGGUCACAGCGGAGGGAACGGUGGCAUCCUCAAGUCGCAUGCGUUCGAAUCGGUCCAACAUCAGCUGCGCACGCUCCAGCAGACGUACUCGAGUUCCGUGAGCCCGAUUCAGAAGGUCAUCACGACGCAGAAGGGCAUCGCGCUCGAUCUUGACAGCCUAUCGAGCGACAGCCAAACGCAUAGUAAGGAGUUGUACCUGUGGGGCCAGCAAGAGGAAGUGGACAUCAAGGAUGUGACCGACCGCCUCGCAUGGAUCAACUACCUCGAAGGCACCCUCGCGCGAACCCUCGCAGGCAGGAUCAACGCAUCUCGCGUGCCCUUCAAGGGGCUCCGCGAUGCAGAGAACACGCUCGGUGGACGUCGGAACCUCCGGAGCUCUCUGAGCAACCAGAUCGGGCGGAUCGAGCACGAUCAGCGGCGUGGUGACGAGCAGAGGCUCGCAGACCUCAGAAAGCAGCUGCGCCAGGCGGAGGAGACCGACGAGCCGCUUGAGAAACAGGUUGAGCUGCUGAAGAGGAAGGCCGUGAGGGAGAGCGAGCAGCAGAAGUGGCAGGCUGUCCGAGAAUAUGCGGAGAAGCUUAUUCUCCUCUCUCAAGCGGCUACUGGCGUCCUCUCUGCGUUGCCUACGGUGCCGUCUGCCGAUCACAAAUACCACGGCGCAGAGACCACGGCGUCCGUACACGCGGCCCUCGAGCAGGCCCUCGACAACUACAAGCCCGGCGACAUCAACCUGCCUCUCCCAGCACCGCCCUCCGACCUCAAGAGGUCAGACACGCGCAGCUUCGGCGAGACCCACGCGCAGGAGCUAUCGCGCAUCAACUCUUCCGCGGCCUCCCAGCCCAGCAUCCCUCUGACGCCGCCUCCCACUGCCGGGGGUGCGCCUCUACCGGGGCUGGAGGCGAGCUUAGACUCCCCUGUGUCCUACGCGUCUGCUCCGUACACGUCUUCGCCUCCGCCUGUCGCCGCUCGCCAGUCGCCAGUUCUGGCCUCCCAGCCCCCGGCCGGCACGCAGUCGCCCCCUCUGAACCCAGCCUUUUUGAAUCAGGCGCCGGCGCCGAUUCCUGUCUCCUCUGGCUCGCCUGCGCCCAUCGUCGCACCUUACCCCUCUGAGAAGGUCCCUUCGGUGACGCCGACGGUGGCAGAGACGGGCGUGCCCCAGUCUGCCGGCUCUGCCGGCCCUGGACCCGCCAGCGGCUCUCUGCGCGACCUCAGGCAGCCUUCGCAGGCGCAGGCUGUGGAUGACAAGGGUUAUGCUCCCUACGGACAGAAACACGAGUCUGCGGGAGAGGAGAAGAAGAGGCUCGAGCGCGAGGAGCGAGAGAAGGCUCUUGGUGCAGGCAGCAGCGACACGAACCCGCAGCCGCCUGCGGAUGGUGAAGAACCCCCGCCGUAUCCAGGCUCGCUAUGAGCCUGAGAGAUG